AAGCGCUUUUUGUCCAGGGAGGCAGCGCUUGAGCGCAUUCCUUGACGUGGAGGUCGGCGUGUCUCUCCAAGGAUUUGAUGAAGACCGUUCGUUAUAAGUUUAAUACGUUCAUAGAAACUUUUUUAAAGGGCGCGCACACACGGAAAACUACAAGGUCUUUGGAGUUUUAUCGGCGAACUACUCCGCUUGGAUAAAGACACACAAGCGCAGCUGCGCGCACAACUUUACUUCUUUGAAGUUGAGGGAGAAGAAGACCUGAAGAAAAGUGGAGCGAGAGUAGAGGAGGAAGCUUCUGCGCUGGGCUAAGCAUGGAGAGAGAAAGAGUCUGCACCAUGAAGGUCUUUCUCACUCCACUGAUGCCCUUUCUGCUCUUCCUCAUCCUUCCUGAUGGCACCGUGUCCAGCGUCUGCCCAGAGGAAUGCACGUGUUCCACACCAGAAUCCAUGUUAUGUUUCCACAGACACUCCUCUACCAUGCCCAAAGGAGUGCCCCAAUCCACAAAAAGUCUCUUCCUCUUUGCCAACGACAUUGAGGGCUUGACAGUUGAGGACUUUGACGGUCUGGAGAACCUGGAGCUGCUGGAUCUCAGUCAAAACAAAUUGACUGAACUUAGUGAUGGGAUUUUUGAACCUUUGACCUCUUUGAAAAACUUGGACUUGUCAUCCAACCAGAUCACCCACAUUUCAGAGGAAUGCUUCAAGGGUAUGGUACUGCUUGAGCGCCUUUAUUUGUACAGUAAUCUUAUCAAGACCAUCCACCCUGCGGCCUUUAAUGGCUUGGAUCACCUGCUGGAACUCAAACUACAAGGCAACCAGUUAACAUCCCUGCCUACUCUCUCAAUGCCACUGUUGCUGCUGCUGGACCUUCGCUUUAAUGUCUUGCCCACCUUGGGUACAGCAGACCUCCAGACUCCAAAUUUGGAGUCCCUCAAAUUGGGUGGUGUGAGGCUCACCAGCCUGGAUAAAGAGCUCAUUGGUAGUCUAAAAAACCUCCAUGAACUAGACAUCUCAGGAAACAAACUUGAGUCCUUCCCCUCAGCACUGAAGGAGACCAAGGGCCUGAUUCACCUCAGCCUGGCUGGGAACCCAAUGGGUCCUCUUAAAGUUCAGGACCUGGAGAACCUUGGAGAGCUGCAGGAGUUGGACAUUAGCAGCCUCAGUUUGCAAGGUCUCCCUGAGGAAGUCUCCCAACUCUUGCCCCACCUUAAAAAGCUCACAGUAGCAGAGAACCCUUUCAACUGUCUCUGCACCUUAGCAUGGUUUCCAAGAUGGCUGAGAGCACAGAGCAUCACCCUUGAGAGAACAGAGGAGACCCGCUGCCAUUUCCCACCUAUGAAUGGUGGGAAGGUGUUGGAAAGACUGGAGUACAGGGAUUUUGGCUGCCCCACUACAACUACAGUGACCACUAGUACUGUCAAAACAACUACUACCCUGCCCAUUCCUAUCUCUACAUUUCCAAGUACUACUCGAGCUAUUCCAGUCUCCAGGGCCAGUGACGACCCCACAAGCGAAGGCGAUGACUUCCCCCUGCCCCCUGUCCCUGCAUCGCCCAGCAGCAGCAGCAUGAACCCAGAAGAGGAACAGCACUUCUGUCCGCCUCACACCUGUCUGAACGGAGGUACUUGUCGUUUGGACCAGCAUGGUCAGGUAGAAUGCACCUGUCCACAUGGCACUUCGGGCAUGUAUUGUGAAAACCAUCACCCGCCUUCUCCACCUGAGGCUGACAUCCCUGUGGUGACUGUCCCUGUCGACGCACCAGACAUCAGCUCACACCAAGCAACCGCAACCUCAGUCCUGCUUGACCUGCACCGUUACAUUGAAAUGCGGCCAUACAUCCGUGGAAUCCGUCUAACCUACCGCAAUCUCUCUGGGCCGGACCGCAGACCGAUUCAACUCAGCCUGCCAGCAUCAUUCCCAGAGUACAGACUGAGAGGCCUAAAGCCGAACUCCACCUACGCUGUUUGUGCCAGUCCACUCGGUGCCCCUAGUGGCAUAGACAGUGUCUGCACUGAGGCCCACACGGCUGCUGAAAGCAUCCGGGGGGGCCCUAAUGCACAGUUUGAUGACCAGAAGCUGACCACCAUGCUGGUGCCUGCAAUUGCCAUCUUGUUGCUCCUUCUACUGAUAGCAAUAGCAGUGGGAGUUUUUUGCUACCUUCGCAGGAAGAGGGCCAAGGGCCACCUGGACCUGGACUGUGAGCCGUCACAGCUAGAGUUGGACGGAGUGAAGGCUGGUUUGGACAAUGGGGCACUGCCUCAAAAACAGCCCCAACUUAUGAUCCCUGAACCUGCUGUCCAGAAUGGCAAUCUGGAAUAUGAGGUGUUGCUACUACAGGAUCACUGUACAUCGAAUAACAAUAUGACUUCACACAAGCCGUCCUACUUCUGACACUUGGCUUUGACUACUCAGACCUAAAGGAGGAUGUUAAUUCUUCAGCUCUGUUUUCAACAACCGUGAAAUGCAGAGAGCAACAAAUGCUGUUGUGAAAGUGGAGAACACAGUAUCAGCCAGCCAACCAGCAAAGGAGAAACUGGACAUAUGUUAAACUCAGUGCCCUUCGGUUGUCUACGCAGACAUUAAACAAGUUCAAAAAUGUUUGGACUUUAAAAAGUGCCUCUUAUCCAUUCACACCCUGCUUCGAUAGUAUUUCCUCACCCACAUGGCUGGACUGGCAACCUUUCAGCUCCCAUGCUAUGAUGCUGGGAGUGAUGGUGUGUUGUGAUUGGCUGAAACGAAGGGUUAAGGGACACAGAGACCUCAAGCCCUUUUUCAUACAGGAGAGUGCACUGCCUUGGGGUUGUGCUGCCAUUUCCCCAUCACAAGAACACUAUCAGCAAUAGAUUUUGCUGCAUGUUGUAACUCUUCAGUGCUACCCCAAAGGAAUCAGUGCUUGCUGUGAAUGACCUUUAAGACACCAAAUGAAGUUGUGCUGAGAAAACAGCUGAUGCUUGUAUUGCUUUAUUUGGCUCUUUGUGAUUAUUUUGUUUUGUAUGUAUGUUUUUUUAUACUUGUUUUUUUUUACCGUGCAACAUUGUGACUGUUAACAGCACUCCAUACCCUCCAAACCCCCCACUUCUUGUGACUAACAGACAAAACAGCAGAUUAAAAUCUUUGAAGAUUAAAACUCGUUUGGUACCAGCGGAGUCAAUCAAAGGGCUUUGCCCCCAGAAUGUCAGACAGUCUAAGUAGAUGUGAGUCUGGACGCACUCAAGAGUAAAUCCCUCUCCUCGAUGCUGAAGCCCUCAGCCUGCUUUGCCAUCACAAAGGGAGAAGGUAAGCAGGAUUACAAAAUGUACAGAAGGAAGCAGUUGAUUGAACCCCUUCUGUUUCAGCACUGCAGUGAUUUUCAACCAGUUUAGAUCUUGCCUUAAUAACAGUAAGAAGUCCAUGACUAUACCACAGCAACUUCAGAGACAUUAUUUAUUAUUUAUAUUCCCUGCAAGGGAAAAUCUGUUUUAUCCCUCAACCACAAUUCACAUACAACAUACUUCUUGGCCUGGCCCACAACAAGCAAAGCAAAUAGUGGUUGUGUGUUGUGUUUCCCUUGAGUAAAAAUAGCCUGCUCCGUGAAAUGCUGUGCACUAUUUCUCCUUGGCAAGAAGGGUCCCAGCUUUGCCCGCUUGCACCUAACCAGACUAUAAAAAGGCCAGAUGCAGAAGUGAAGCAAACUUCAUAGUGUUUGUAUUGUUGUACAAAGGUGAAAGAGACUCGCAGAGUGGGACGGUUAUGAUGCAGACAUAGAGCGCUGAGAUCCAAAUCUGUGACUACAGGGCAAAGAAGGACUAAAAGUAGCCUUUUGUGUGUGUGUGUGUGUGUGUGUGUGUGUGUGUGUGUGUGUGUGUGUGUGUGUGUUUGUAGAUCUUUCAACUCUAGUGCAAGUACAUGUUCUGUCUUGUGCAAAAACCUGCAGACAUCAAGUUACUAUCAGUUACCCCUUUAUCUGCCCGCAUGGCUCGGACUACAUUAAAUCCCAAACAACUCUACCUGUAGGCAAACACACCAAAGACACAUCUGUGAAUGUCUGUAAAGUUACCUGCAUAAAGUAUUCCCAGCGCACAAUUAACAGUUUCCUACUAAGAUGCCUUAAUAACCCACACAAACAACAUAGCAAUACAACUGGAAUAUUUGUUUGUAAAAUAAAAUACAUUGAAGAUAACCAAAAUUAUUUUCGAUGGCAUUGUUAAUUUCUCCCUGUUUAUUUUGGGAAGCUCUUUGUUUUCAUUAAUUGUUGUUUGUUUUUUUAAUUCUGUGAACAUAUUUGUACAAAUGGAAAAAGUGAUAUUAUCAUUAA